AUGCUCCCCAACUACAACAACCACUGGCAAGAAGCCAGAAAUAGAAACACUAAUCGUCAACCAAACCAAUAUCACGUACCCUACAACGGCCCUGUCUUCCAUCGACCUCUACCACCUACCAAUCGCCGACUACCAACCAACCCAUCCAGCUAUAUCCCACCCCAUCGCCGACCUACCUACAACACAGCCUACCAAUCAAGAGGUAACCAUCGACCUGACCAAGAACAGAAACGACUACCAGCCCACCGACGCCAACCAGUCCCCACUCAUAAGGAGGAAGAACCCUUUGUGACGGUGUUCUUCCAAGUUUUGCAGUGCCUCCAUCAUUUGGCAAUCCUUACCCAAGUCUCUGAGUUGGAUAGUUUUAUCCGUCCAGCAAUGAAAACAUCAGCUGUCGACGCGAAUAUUAGAUCCCUCAAUCGGACAUGGCUCUGUAAGGUUACGCAGGUCCUGAUCGACCAUUACCAAACCACACUUCAAGAGAAGCUGACCACCAUUCGUACCAAGUCUUUAUCAUCACCUGCCGUCGACCGCAUCGUUUCUCAUGCCCUGUCCUGGGCCCGUCGCUACUAUGGGAAACGUCUCACUCAAGCUGUAAUUUCCAAAUUCUACCAAAUAAUCAACGAAACAAAAACCAGAGUAACCAUAUCUCUACCAACUGAAAUGGACACUACACCUGCACCAUCUAGAGCUACCACGCUGCCGAACCAAACCCCUAAACGAGCCCGAAGUUCACCUACCCCUAGUCCAGCAGACAUAGGUAAACGCUCUCGUAGAGAGGGCAUACCCCUUCUCUUUUCACUUUCAGACCAGUACCAAUCACACCGUCGACGACCAUUAUAUCCGCUACCAAACCGUAUUAUCACCAAACCAAGGACUAAUCAUUAUGGAAACUACCUGCUCUAA